AAAUCUCCCAUAUAUUCAUCUCUCUCCGCCUCCUCUCAUUUUUCCCUAAACCAACCCAAAAACCCUAUCUUUUCUUUCUUUCACAACCAAACAUUUUUGGAUAGUAGAUACACUGUCUCAUCCUCACUCUUUUUUCCCCAUAUCUCUUAUCUUCUUCUUAUUCAGAUUUUUUCUCUUAUUGGGUAAUUCUUUGUUUCUGUACAAAACCAGUCCUUUCUGGUUUAUUUAUAUUGCUCUGGGAUUUUUCUAUCCCUGAAAAACCAAAAACCCUUUUCUUUUUUCACUCAAUCUUUUUGACCCAUGUUUCAAUAGCUCCAAAAAUUUAUUGUUUGUUUCUUGCUUUUACGAUUUUUGAUUUUAAAUUUAAUUUAAUUUUUGUGGGUUAAGUUUAGAAUGGCUAUUCCUUAUCCUCAUUUUAUUGGGUCGGAGCAAUCGGCCAUGGAGAAGGGGAUUUUGGUGCCUUCCCUCUCGUCUUCAUCUUCUUCUUUGCCUCCUCCUGUAAUUCUAACCCAGGAUGAGUUGAAGAAGAUAGCGGCUUACAAGGCUGUUGAGUAUGUCAAGUCCGGGAUGGUUCUUGGCCUCGGAACUGGGUCCACGGCCAAGCACGCGGUGGCCCGAAUCGGUGAGCUUUUAAGCCAAGGGAAGCUUAAGAAUAUUGUAGGAAUACCUACUUCGAAGAUGACCCACGAACAAGCUGUUUCUGUUGGAAUUCCAUUAUCUGAUCUCGAUUCGCAUCCUGUUAUUGAUCUCGCGAUUGAUGGGGCUGAUGAGGUCGACCCUUAUCUCAAUCUGGUGAAAGGCCGCGGUGGGUCACUCUUGAGGGAGAAGAUGGUUGAGGGUGCUUGCAAGAAGUUUGUGGUCAUUGUUGAUGAGACAAAGAUGGUUAAUCAUUUGGGCGGUAGUGGCUUAGCUAUGCCCGUGGAGAUUAUCCCUUUUUGUUGGAAAUUCACGGCCCAAAGGCUUCAAAACUUGUUUGAGGAUGCGGGCUGUGUAGCAAAGCUGAGGACUUUUGGUGAAAAGGCAGAGCCUUUCGUCACAGAUAAUGGCAACUAUAUUGUGGACUUGUAUUUCAAGAAAGAUAUUGGUGAUUUGAAUGUGGCUAGUGAUGCAAUUUUACGGUUAGCUGGAGUUGUUGAGCAUGGGAUGUUCUUGGACAUGGCCACCACUGUUAUCGUUGCAGGUGAGCUUGGUGUGAAGGUGAAGACUAAGUAAGCACGGUAUGUGAAGAAGCCAAGCUGAAGGUAGUUUGAGAGGGGUAUCUGACUUAAUAUAUGUAGGAGUCAUUAAAAGUUUUUAUAUUUCAGUCAAUUUGACUGGUAUUUGUUGUAACAAAGGAACGUUUUUUUGUUCCUAGUUGAUUUAAUCUAUUUGUGGGGUCACAUCUAAUUUUGAUUAAGUCUUGGCACAAUUUAGCAUCGAAGAGUAGGAACUUUGAAUUUUCUAGACAGCUGAAUGACUGGCUUAUAUAGUUGGCUGUCAAUCUUUUUGACUCAAUUCACUCAUUAUUUAUUGAACCUCCAGUUCCAGUUACACCAGUGGUAUUCAUAUUUGGUUAUCCAAUUGGUGUGGAAUGCAAUUAAUUACUAUUCAUUUUUCUUUUUCUGAUA